GCGUGGACCCGACCGCACGCGCAGCAAGUAGUUCUGUGAGACGGCGGGAAGAUGCAUCUGUACGCGCUCACCCUGCAGAAGGCCUCCUGCAUCUACCAGGCGGUGCACGGGAACUUCUCCGGCACGAAGCAGCAGGAGAUCCUUGUGGGCCGCGGGAAGACACUCGAGCUGCUGCGAGCGGACCCCAACACAGGGAAACUGCACUCUGUGGUCUCCAAGGAGGUAUGCGGCCUCAUUCGCUCCAUACAACCCGUCAGACUCACAGGCUCCACUAAAGACUACAUAGUGGUGGGAGCGGACUCGGGACGGAUUACCAUCCUGGAAUACAACCCAGCCAAGAAUGUAUUUGAGAAGAUUCACCAGGAGACGUUUGGGAAGAGCGGAUGUCGACGUAUUGUCCCUGGGCAGUACAUGGCCGUGGACCCAAAGGGACGAGCCAUCAUGAUUGGUGCAGUGGAGAAGCAGAAGUUGGUGUACAUUCUGAACAGAGAUGCAGCUGCCCGCCUCACCAUCUCCUCCCCACUGGAGGCACACAAGGCACACACCCUCGUCUACGACAUCGUCGGUGUGGACGUGGGCUUCGAGAACCCUAUGUUUGCAUGUCUGGAACUGGACUAUGAGGAGGCAGACAAUGAUCCUACUGGAGAGAAGGCACAGAUAGCACAACAGAUGCUAACGUUCUAUGAGCUAGAUCUCGGACUAAACCACGUCGUCCGCAAGUACAGCGAGCCUCUGGAGGACACCGCCAACCUACUCAUCCGAGUCCCGGGAGGCAGUGACGGACCGAGUGGUAUUCUGGUCUGUUGUGAGAAUUACCUCCUCUACAAGAACUUUGGAGACCAGCCUGACCUUCGUUGUCCCAUUCCUCGAAGAAAGAAUGACUUGGACGAUGCCGAGAGAAGUAUGCUCUUUGUUUGCAGUGCCACUCACAAAACAAAGCACAUGUUCUUUUUCCUACUUCAAACCGAGCAGGGAGACCUGUUCAAGGUUACUCUGGAGUCAGAGGAAGAUGUGGUGACGGAGAUUAGAAUCAAGUAUUUCGACACAGUUGCCGUGGCGGCUGGAUUGUGUGUCCUCAGAACUGGAUUUCUGUUCUGUGCCUCAGAGUUUGGAAACCAGUUAGUUUCUCUCUCAUCUCACCUCCCUCCUCUCUUUCGUGUUUCCUUUCUCUCCCAUCUCCCUCCCUUCCCAUUUCACUCUCUUCUCCUCCCAGCUAUCUCUAUCAGAUAGCUCAUCUCGGAGACGACGAUGAGGAGCCGGAGUUCUCGUCGGCCAUGCCACUGGAGGAAGGGGAGACCUUCUUCUUUGCUCCUCGUCCACUCAAGAACCUUGUUCUGGUGGAUGAACUGGAGUCCCUGUCUCCCAUCAUGUCCGCUCAUAUCUCAGACUUGGCCAAUGAGGACACCCCGCAGCUGUACCUGGCAUGUGGGCGUGGUCCCCGGUCCUCACUCCGUGUCUUGCGACAUGGACUGGAGGUUACGGAGAUGGCAGUGUCCGAGUUGCCAGGCAACCCUAAUGCGGUAUGGACCGUCAAGACCAAUGCAGCAGAGGAGUUUAUGAGCCUAUAUCGUGGUCUCCUCACAGCCACUCUCGUACUCUCAUUGGAGAGACGGUGGAAGAGGUCACGGACUCCGGUUUCCUUGGGACCACACCCACCUUGGCUUGCCUCUCGUCUCGGAGACGACGCCUUAUCCAGGUAUACCCAGAAGUGGAUCCGUCACAUAAAGAGCUGACAAGAGAGUCAACGAAUGGGAAGUCUCCCGGGAAGAGAGCAUCCUGAAAUGUGCCCUCAACGACCAUCAGGUGGUCACUGCCCUCACCGGUGGAGAACGGUCUACUUUGAGAUGGAUCUGUCAGGUCAGCCUGAAUGAGUACACAGGAGGAAGGAGGAUGAUGGCAGAUGUUGUGUGUAGGAGUCUCGGUUCCGUUCCACCCGGGGAAGCAGCGGUCCCGGUUCCUUCUGCGGACUCUCGAUCAACCUCAGAAUCAUCUCGCUCGAUCCCUCAGAUUAGCUUCAGCCGAUGAGAUGAGGCGCUCCAAGCUCUUCCAAAGUCUCUGUGUCUUG